AUGGAGAAAGGUGAAGCUUCGAAUGUGUCGUACGAGGAAUUCGAGCCUUUCUGCAAAUGGAAAAAACUCGACGACUCCGACGUUCAUGUUCUUGAGGUUCAUCUCCCAGAAUUCAAGAAAGAAGAAUUGAGGGUUCGGAUAAAGAACAACUCUAUCCUUGCAAUUUCCGGCGAGCACCUCGCCAAUGAUGGGAAGAAGAUGCAAUUCAACAGAGAAAUCAAACUCCCAAAGGAUAUAUACCCAGACCAAAUCCGUGCCAAAUUCGGUGGCUCUGUCCUUUCUAUCACGAUGCCUAAGAAACCCAGCUCGGCGGAAAGCAGCAAACCAAAGGCGGACGCCGCCUCGGAGGGUAAUGACACAGCACCCAAUGAUGAUGGUAAGCCAAAGAACUUGAUAUCCAGGUUAACAAGUCCAUUAUCGAGGCUGAAAUUUAGCAAGAAAAAGGCGACGGCUUUGGCGGCGGCAGUGGUGAUUCUGGCCUUCGGAGCUUACUACUUGAUUAAAAACAGGGAUUAA